CAAAGCCACUAUCAUUUGUUAAAACACUGUGGCUUGACCCCUCGCUUAAUUUUCUGCCCACAACUGGUAAUAGCAGACGCACCAACUGAACUUCCAUCUUUUCACUGACAACAUCAACCUUCGUCGAUUACCGUGUUUCCCCAAACAACCCGACGUCAAUCCAGUCACAAUGGCGAAGUCCAAGAACUCGUCUCAGCACAACCAGUCGCGCAAGGCUCACCGUAACGGUAUCAAGAAGCCAAAGACCAACAGAUACCCGUCUCUGAAGGGAACCGACCCCAAGUUCCGAAGAAACCAUCGACAUGCUCUUCACGGCACCAUGAGGGCCUUGGUACGUCACUCGCCCUAUCGCACACACAUAACUUGACUAUGUGGAUUUCGCAAAUAAACAUAUACUAACAAUCAAUACAGAAGGAGCUGAAGGAGGGCAAGC